UACAUCGCAAUCAUGUGGUCUCAAGUCAACCGAACCAAGCGUCCAUAUAUAAAAGAGCCAUAGUUCCCAUACUUUGGUGUGCUAGAUCUUAGAACCUCCGAAUAGUUGUAAAUUGUAAUUUUACGUGAAGAUGAUAUCCUCAACCCUCCUCGUCACCCUCCUCGCCUCCGCGGUAUCCGCGCGUUCCAUAAAGCGCGGUACAGGUGCGAUCAAAUGUCCCGUGGUGCUCAGCGGAUUUGUCCCGGUAGACAAGACGCCGACAGACUUUGACUCGUACGCGACGAGCCCAUUCAAUCCAGAUUAUGUCCGAGGCAGCGAGAAGUUUUCGGAAAUCUUACUAUUUCCCGACGCGGGUAGCUCACACUUCGAUAAUGCCUCCACGAAGUCCGUCGAGGUCACCAUAAACGACCAGUCCAUCUUCCAGACGCAGAACGGCUUCCGUCGCGCCGGUUUGCAGAUCCAGGGCGACACGAACGAGGGUUCCCCCGGGACUACGGGAGUCAGGACUUUGCACUUCAGCGUCAAGCAAGAUGCCGAGCGGACUUUGAACUUGACGCAUGAGUACUUGAACGUCUGGCACGAAGCCGCCGACUUCAGCGCCAACCAGUUCAACUUCCAGAGCGGCACCAUCAUCGGCAAGUCCGACAGCGACCCGAACACCUUCAAGGUUCUGAACCGACAGAACACCCAAGUGUGGGAGACUCCUAUCGACCCGACUGCCUGGCAAAACUUCGCCAUUACUCUGGACUUUGAUAAGAACACCCUCCAAGUCUACUACUCCAAAGACGACGAGCCUCUGGAGGCCGUCACCGACGCGCUGACCAACGACAACAGCGGCGAGGGGCAGUACCAGAUCGGCAUCUUGAAGAAGCCGACGGGUACCUCGGACGUCGUGAACUCGGGCUUCCAGGAGACUGGCAUAGAUGAGGGCCAGAUAUACGGCGGCAUUUUCCUGGAGGACAGUGCCGAUGGUUGCAUCUCUUUAUAGACUGAAUUGUGGAAAGGAAACUUUUGAAAAUUUGAGACAUUAUAAAGAAGAGGUGUAGUCAAGAGUAGCUGAAGAGGUAUAAUUAUGUCAUUGGAACCGCUUGAUUGACAGCUAGAGACUAGAGAGUAGGUAUGCACCUAACAUGUUGACAUAGUGGACCUGUACGAACAAUGUUAUGCUCUACAAUCUUCUGGGUUAAUUGAAUGUCAGACAGUGUUUUAGCGGAAAAUACUUAUCGAUGAUACUUUUAAC